AACAAACUCAGCUGUUACUUACAUCAUAAGAAGUUGUUGUUCGGUUGGUUGAUUGUCGUUACUGUAAAUAUUUAAUUUUAAUUCAAAAUGUUUCGUCUUUGUUCCUCAAUCGUCCGGGUUGCUGCUAAUAAUAAUCUGUCCCAACAAAGUACUAGCAAACUAAGCCUUCCGAAAUCUGUACCUGUUAUUCGCAGUAAAAUUGUUGCAGAUCAUUAUCGUUCUCUGCGAACAUCAACGUGCCAUAGAACACCAAAACUGAUCGUACUAUUCAUCCGACCAAUAGCUUCAGCAAUAUCUGGACGUCUGUUUCGUUGGUGGUGGCAAAGAAGGAAUGAAACAGAGCGUCUGAAGUAUCUAAAUUGGUUUGUUCGGAACAAAGUACCCAUCUUAUCGGUUGUCGGAUUUUACUUUGGGUCUCUAGUUGUGUAUUACAUUUGUAACGUUGAAGAGACACCGAUAACUGGACGAAGACGAUUUAUGGCUUUCACUAACGACCAACUCGAACAAGUUAACAAACAAGCAUCCGCUUCAAUGACACAAGAAUACCAAGCUAUGGACCUUACGCACCCGUACGUUAAACUAGUUGUAAACACAGCAAAGCGAAUUGUGCGGGCAAACAGAGAUAUUGAACAGUUUAAAGGUAUCGAAUGGCGAGUAUCGGUUUUUGAUGAGCCCGGCUUACUGAACGCAAUGGUCAAUGCCGACGGUCAGAUAAUUGUGUUUAAAGAAAUGAUCGAACAAUGUGCAACCGAUGACGAGCUUGCAGUCAUUUUGUCGCAUGAAAUGGCACAUGCGAUUCUGAAUCAUGUAGCUGAGAAGCUGUCGAAAUCGUGGCUAGUCGGUUUCUUCACGGCACCACUACUGUUUCUAAUCUGGGCGGUUUCCCCAACGGACAUCUCUGCCGCAAUUUUUACUUAUCUGCAGAACAUAGUGAUGAAUGUCACGCUGAAUUUCCCAUACGAACGUGAUAUUGAAUCAGAAGCGGAUACUGUUGGUCUUCGGCUAGCCGCCAAGGCUUGUGUAGACGUACGACAAGCGGUCAGCUUUUUUAAGCGAAUGGAAAUGAUGGAGAAAGAGGAAUUGCCCACUGGCGCUGAAAUUCCAUCGGUUAUCGAAUAUUUGUCCACUCAUCCCACUCACGAGAAACGAUGGAAAUUUAUGGAAAGACAAUUGGAAUCGGCGCUGAAGUUAAGAGAAGAGUGUAACUGCGAACCGCUUGGACCGUUACCGAAGGAACUGACUAAAUAUUUGAUACUCGAGAAAGAACGUGAUCAAGCGAUUCAUAUAAGAAUCAUUUAGUGAUAUUAAUGGCCGUUUUGUUAUUGAUGUGAGGAAUUGCCCUCGCUGGUGCAAUACUAAUAAUUGUAAGGAAAAUUUCUAACUUUAAUUUUAAGGACUCGAGAAGCUUUGUAUUUAAGAUCACGAUACGUUGUGACAAUAAACUGAAAUUCUCUAAA